AUGACCAGAGUUCUUCUCACUGGAGGCAGUGGCUUCAUUGCCACGCACAUCAUAAAGCUUCUUCUUGAGCGCGGACACUCUGUGGUCACAAGCGUCCGAAACCAGGCCAAAGCAGACGCAAUCAAGCAGUCAUAUCCUGACAUCGGAGCCGACAGGCUGUCUUUCGCCAUUGUACCUGAUGUAGCCAAGAGCGAUGCAUUUACCGAUGCCGUCAAAUCUGACCCACCCUUUGAGGCAGUUAUUCACACUACGAGCCCCUUUCACUUCAACGUGACUGAUAUCAAGGCGGAUCUCCUCGAUCCCGCUAUCAAUGGAACCACCGGUUUCCUCCAAGCAAUCAAACAGAAUGCCCCCUCAGUCAAGCGCGUGGUCAUCACAUCAUCCUUUGGUUCUAUCAUGGAUGUUUCCAAGGGUCUUUGGCCAGGUCACACGUACAAUGAGAGCGACUGGAACCUCAUCACAAUGGAGCAAGCAUUGCAGAGCCCAGGCGCUGGGUACUCUGGUAUGUUGAAUCCUACCGAGUUCCUUGCCAACGAGUCUCCUGCGUUUUCCAUCUCGACUAUCCUUCCACCCCUCGUAUUUGGGCCUGCUGUGCAGAACCUGGCGUCCCUUGGUGCUCUUAAUACCUCCAAUCAGUUCAUCCGCAGCUUCAUCUUAGGCGCGGCAAAGAAGGAGAUCCCACCCACGCAAAACCCCAUUUUUGCCGAUGUUCGAGACGUGGCAUUUGCUCACGUAGCAGCCAUGGAGAAGGCAGAGGCCGGCAACAAGCGCUUCUUCAUCACCAACGGCUACUGCUCAAACCAUGAGAUCAUCAACAUCAUUCGCAAACACUUCCCGGAAUACAAAUCAGUCUUGCCUUCAAGAUGCACCAAGGGCGGUGAACUCCCCAAAGAGGUGUACCAAAUGGAUACCACACGCAGCGUCGAGAUACUGGGCAUGAAGUACGCGGGGUUCGAAAGUUGCAUUGUGGAUACCAUCAGAUCUUUUUCUUCCGUCAGACAGUAA